CUCGCCGCCCGAAUUAUCAAAUGCGAAUUCGCCACAAAGCUAUAAAAAGUGCGCGCGCGCGCACGUGCUGCCUCGCGACUGACGCGCCGCACGCGACGAGGCUUAUUCCCAGUCUUUUUACGCAACCCAAAGUAUAGACUACUCGAAAAGUUUUGCAAUGGCGCGAACACCUGUGAGUGAUGCCGAGGACUGAAAAGUGUGGUUUAAAAUGAACACAAAUGGCAGCAUAUUAUCGAACAUUUCCUCGCUGCCCCCUCACGAGCUCACACUCAGCCGUCCUCCGUGGCUUUCCUGCACUCUGGGGAGCGUGCUCAUCUUCACCAUCGUGGUCGACAUACUGGGCAACCUGCUGGUUAUUAUCUCCGUGUACAGGAAUAAGAAGCUCAGAAACGCAGGGAACAUAUUUGUGGUGAGCCUGGCAAUAGCAGACCUAGUGGUGGCAGUUUAUCCCUACCCACUGGUGCUGAUGUCUAUUUUCAACAAUGGAUGGAACCUGGGCUUUGUACAUUGCCAAAUCAGUGGCUUUCUGAUGGGAUUAAGCGUCAUUGGGUCCAUAUUUAACAUCACUGGCAUUGCUAUAAACCGGUACUGUUACAUUUGUCACAGCCUCAAGUAUGACAAGCUCUACAGUGACAAAAACUCCCUGUGUUAUGUGAUCCUAAUCUGGAUCCUGACCGUUGUCGCUAUAGUGCCGAACUUCUUCGUGGGCUCGCUGCAGUAUGACCCCCGGGUGUACUCAUGCACGUUCGCGCAGUCAGCCAGUUCGGCUUAUACCAUUGCCGUGGUCUUCUUCCACUUCAUCCUUCCCAUAUUGGUCGUCACAUAUUGCUACCUGAGGAUCUGGAUUCUGGUCAUACAGGUACGAAGACGCGUCAAGCCCGAUUUCCGAACCAAGCUUACACCACAUACCGUGAGGAAUUUUGUCACCAUGUUUGUAGUGUUCGUGCUUUUUGCCAUAUGCUGGGCACCGCUCAACUUUAUCGGUCUGGCUGUUGCUGUGAACCCUGAGCGGGUAGCGCCUCUCAUCCCGGAGUGGCUCUUUGUAUUCAGUUAUUUCAUGGCCUACUUUAACAGCUGCCUUAACGCCAUUGUCUAUGGACUGCUCAAUCAGAACUUUAGACAGGAGUACAAAAAAAUCAUCAUCUCAUUUUGCACUGCUAGGAUGUUCUACGCGGACAGCUCUAACAAUGCUGUUGACAGGAUAAAAAGCAAGCCGUCAGCUUUAAUGUCAAACAACAACCAAGUCAAAGUUGACUCGGUGUAAAGACUUAAAGGGUUGAGCCACUGGGAGAAAGAAAUACUCCAAAUACCCAUCUGGACCCUUUGGGACUGUAAAUGGUAUUAUAUUGUAAUAAACAUAUAAACAAUGUAUUGAGACAUACAGGGUGUAUGAGUUUUCUUUACCAGUUUCUUUUUAAAUGGUGCACUGCAAAUAUCCUAUCUCAUGUUUACAUUUCAGAAUGGGGAAGGAUAUAUUUAUUUAUUGUGACAGUUUGAUAUUCUGUUGAUAUUCUAAGGCUAUCAGUCUUGUGCCCAAAUGUCAUCUCAGAGUAACAAAAAAAUAAAAGAAAGGAAAAAAUAUUUGAUUUAACAUUUGACGUUUCAUAACUUUGAACUGGAUGCCUUCCUGUCUCUGCUCACAGUCUUUAAAGCUCUUGUCUAUAGCAUGUGAAAUGCUCUAAGGCCAUUUUUAAGCCUUAGAGCUUACCAAAUAAUUGUUGUUUGACACUAAAUGUUUGUUCCAACAUACAACAGUCAGCAAUAUUAUGUGAGUUUUUUGAACACAAAUUGAUGGAUUGGUGAACAAAUUGCACAUGCUUUGUUUGUUUUUCAUUGGGAACUUAUUUCUAUAAUCUUGUUGUAUGUGCCAUAGCAUUCAGGGUGACUCAGAAAUGUCAUAUGACACCACAAUACUGUAACACUCUAGUGGAACCAUCCAUCCACAAACCUUUCUUCUAAACUCCAAACUCAAACUGGUAGCCAUUUCACCAAAAAUGACAACAGUACUGUAAAGAAAAGAAAAAUGUAAAGACAAAUGCUGCCAGUAUGUGUUUGUAACAUUGUUUAACAUUCUUUUUUUUUUAUCGCCCUGUAUAUGAAUAACAGCGUUUAAAUAAACUAAAGCUUGAUGAUAAGGUAAAAGUGCUGGAAAUAUUUAUCA